CAUCCAGCAGACGGGGGAACCAGGUAUCCAACACUCAGUUGUAGUAGUGCUUCAAUACGAGCAGUAGCUGCUGUUGCUGGAGAUAUCAGAUUCGGCAAACGACGCCGCCCAACGCCGCCGCAGAAAUACUGAGCUAACCGUUUGCUGUUCCUCGACGACGUCUCCCUUUUCGUCCGCGAGUAGUAGUGCAGUGUGGUAACUUCGUGCGUGCUGUGCUGAUUGCCAUUGUGUCCAUUUGGCAUACGACUAACUAACUUCUUGUUAUUAACGGCUAAUAACAGGAGAGUGGUCAUUUUAGCCUUUUCGUCUCGUCGUUGACAAGAGAACUUAGGCGGUGGGGAGCUGUUGCAGGUGGGAGCGUAAUGUUCGAUUAAUGAACGCGGCUGAGCGAGAGAGGUAGAUUAUGGCGCAAUUCCAUCAGCAAAUAGACGAACACACGGCCAUGCAGUAGCCGAAGCGAAGAUCAAGCCGAAAACCGUAAGCAUGUCUUCCGAAGAUAGUCUCCCAAAGCCUGCUGCCGCUAUUGCCGACGAGCUGGUAAAUUUCUCGCAGGAAAAGCUGAAAGCGACGCAGACUCAGGAGAAGGUCGUUCUUCCCUCCAAAGAAGACAUCGAAGGGGAAAAAACUCACCAGGGUUUGCUUCAGGGCGUGGAGAGUUUCAACCAGUCUCAGCUGAAGCAUGCUAAUACGCAGCUGAAGAAUCCGCUACCGACCAAAGAGAAUAUUGAGGCCGAGAAGGGUCACAACGAGAUGGUCGAUAGUAUCCAGAAAUUUGACUCAAAGUCACUGAAGCACACUGAGACCCAGGAGAAGAACGUUCUUCCUACAGCUGAAGUGAUUGAGCAGGAGAAGAAGGAGGGUGGGCAGUAGAGCUAAUCUUGGCGGAUUGCCCUUCUGUCGAUGGUUCGCCACCAAAAAUCCCGAGAUCAAUCAUCCCCAGCAAAGAUACCAUCAACCAGGGAAGAUGCGGUGGCUGACCGAGCAGAGCUAGCACACGGGACGUCUGCCGGAAGUCUGGCAGCGCCUCUAAACGGUUUCGAGAAGAUGAGAGGUCGUCGAUUCAAUUUUAGAUGGUCAUUUUUUAUACCUACACAACACAAGAAAAAGGAACAGUUGUACCCAAUCGAUUCAUCGUAUAAUAUAACAUAUAGAGUCCGGACAAACACUACCCUAUCAGUUACUCUGCCCUGUAGACCAGGCGAAAGGAUAAAAAAAAAAACACGUACAUGGGAUGAUGAUUUUGUUUAUCGAAAGUGGAGACUCAUAGACCCAAUUAAAGCGAACUAUAUCUGAUCAUAGCACACCAACGACCUAUCAGCUGACUCGUCACCCAUUAGCAUUCACAACUAAAAAAAAAAGUAACAGAUAAUUAUUUGCAUGCAUAACUAAGAUAAACACAACAAAAAGCGACCGAAGGUGAUCAUGAUCUAUAGACAUUGAUGAAAAGCGUGUACCAUGAUAAUAAGAAUAAAAAUAAUAAUGAUGGUUAUAAUGCUGAUGACAAUAAUAAUAUUGAAAAUGUGGUGACGAAUAAACAAAUGAACGAGCAACAACAACCAUAGCAAACGAACAAUAACGGUAAAAAAGAAACCUUGAGCAUGCCCGCCAAAUCCCCGACUCCCACCAGAAUCCAUACCUCGAAAUAAAAUUUAUUCAGAAUGACGGACGUAUUCAAAAAUCAGCAGAAGGCAAAUCGGAACACAAAGCCAGCCAUCAUAACAACAACUACAUCAUCAACUAUCAAUAAUGAAAAAGCAAUGAAACAAUGCACCCGUAAACCGUCUCGUAUGCCCAUCAGUAGCGGGCAAUUCCCGUCGCAUACACGUAGCAUACGAACGUUGUACGCCGUCAUAAAGCCGAAAUCACACCCUCACGGGGAUAUUCCAGAGGGUUAUUUGCCCUAUUUUCUUUCCAUACGAGUGCGACAUUUUCAGGUUUGUGUACGGCUGUCUGCGGCGCUGUCCAAAAGUUAUUUUCAGGAUAAACAGAAAACAAUAUAGAGACAAGAAGACAGACGAAAUUGCUUUUGUUAUUAGUGUAAUCACUUGUUUUGAUGAGCGUCCUUUUAUAGGCCAGAGCAAGCGACUACGACGGCGAUUUUGAUGGCAAAACAUUAUAUAGUAAAGAACCGAACGUUAACGUGUCAAAAAAAAGUUGCCAAAUGUGAAGCCAACUUAAAAAACAAUUCAAACACAACCAAACGACAUCGGCGCAAAAACGGCGGCGUCGAUGAAGAUCAUGUAAUAAUAACGACAAUAACUUUAAAUGGAACGCAAAUGGAAGAAAACAUCCCCACUAAAUAGAAAUAGCAUUUAUAAGGAUCAUUAUCACUACUUUCAACACUAGAAAAAUAUUUGAUAAU